AUGGCGAUGAUGAUGACUGGCCGUGUGCUGCUGGUGUGUGCCCUCUGCGUGCUGUGGUGCGGUGCUGCGGUGCAGGCGGAGGGUGAUGGUGUUACUGAACCACAAGAUGAGCCAUCGAGGGGUUCACAGUCUGCAUCUAGGGGCGGCCAUGAAGAAAAACUGAAUAUACGAAUUCCAGUUGGUGGAGUGUUGAACACCUCAGAAGAACCGUUAGAUGCGCAAGACUUAAUGAGGGACAGCCCUCAAAAAAAUUCUGUCAAACAACCACCAACAGAUAAUGGUGGGGCGGCAGGAAAAGAAGAAAAAGUAGAGGCAAAGAAAGCGGAAGAUAAGGUAACAGGAAGUGAUGGAGAAGAACAACCAAAAGAUCAUUCAGAUGAAACGCAGGAAAGCGAUGGCCCAAAAGAAAACGGAAGGAACCCAUCUCCAACACCAGCAGACAAAAUGUUGACCAGUGGAGAUAAAACAGCAGAACAUGCAGGACAGACGGGCCAAGCAAUAAGAGCGCCACAAUCACCAGAAACUGAUGGAACUCGACCCGGCGGCAGUUCUCGAGGUGACUCUUCAGUUUCUCCUCUUUCUACGGCUGGCAUUUCUUCAUCUUCUGCCAUCGAUGCCCCAUUUGUUCAGAGCACGCAACCUUCAGAAAAGGGUCCACAGUCGGAAGCAAUGUCUCUUGGAACCGCAUUGCCCAACGAGCAGCCAAAGGAGAGAUCAGAAUCCAAAGCAAACCAGGGCUCCUUUACUUCAGAAGAAGCCGCAGAAAGUCUAGAUGAUAGUGGGGAUGCAGUUGAAAAGGAGAAAGAGAAGGGAGACGUCGGACCGAAAGCCACUACAAGCCUAUCUUCUACUACCAGCUACCCACCAGUAACACAAACAACUCCACGACCAUCAUCUGCAGAACCAUCACCAACAACAACGGAACUUCAAGCAGGAGAAGAAACCUCAACAGAAAAUGUCACCAUCACCAAGAGAAAUGACACGGCGACACCUGGCGACAGUGACAGCAGCACCGCGGUCUCCCACACCACCUCCCCUCUUUUGCUUCUUCUUGUUGUUGCGUGUGCGGCUGCUGCUGCGGUGGUGGCCGCGUGA